AUGUCUCUUUCGAAAGUUCCUGUUCAUAAAUGUUUAGAAAAAAUUCAAUGGUUAUUAGGUGUUUGGCGUUCGGAAUCAGCUACUAUUCAACUUGAAGGAAAAUCUUUUUCGUAUUUAAGUGAACUUAAAUGUGAACAUGUUGGUCAACCGAAUUUUAUUCUUCAUAUUAAUGGGUUUAAUGUUCAACCAUUAACAAAUGAUAAUAAGGUAUCAUGGACAAAUGCAAAUGAAUUAAAACCAUUUCAUCGUGAAAUGGGUUUUUUACGUGUUAAUCCGAAAGAUGAAACAAUAAAUAAUAUAUCAUAUUUAAAUGUACAAAAUGUUGGUUUAUCUAAUGUUGAAGAAGGAAAUAUAAAUGGAAAUAGUUUCACUGUUGAAACAAAAACUAUUGGACGUUCUUGUUUUAAUAAAGAUCCAAGUGUUCAAUUACUUCGUCGUGAAUAUCAAUUAGAUGAAAAAGAUGCCAAUAUAUUAAACGUAAAAGUAUUUAUGAGUACAAGUCGAACGGAUAAUAAUGAACAACCAUUUGAACAUUUAACAAUUCAAUAUCGAAAAAUAUCAAAUGAAUAA